AUGGCAGCUGCCGCUUUUUCAGAUGGCGGUGCUUCCACCAUGGUCGAGGUGUCGAUAGAUGGCAAGCCAGCCUCGAUCGGAUGCGAUCACGAGUUUCUCUUUGUCGUUCGCGGCCAUCACAAGCAGCAGCCAGCAGACUCCAUCGCAGGCAGAGCCUAUGUUCGUGUUCCGUUGAUACUCGUACUCAAUGCAUCCUUCGUAUCGGACUCGGACGGCGGCUCGCUUCUCGUACGUCUCUUAUCGCCGCCUGUCCAAGCGCAGAAACAACAACAAGCCUCCGGCUUCUCUUUCUUCAAGAAGGCCAAACCUUUGCCUCAGUGCAUGGAGCCCUUGUCGCAGCAAACUUUUGAUGCGCUCACACCAGCGCAACGAUCCGAGCGACUCCGAGAACAGCUCGAAGGACCCUGCUCCAGCCUGCGUCUUGUCAAGAUCGAGGCACGAGUCGUCACUACAGCCAGCGCAGCGGACGUCGAAGCAAGAACGCAAGCAUGGGCCCAUCUGGUCAUGAACCGAGCGUACGAGAAGGUCACGCCAUAUAGAAGAGUCAAGGUGCUGAUCAAUCCAGUCGGAGGACCGGGCAAAGCGCGACAGCUCUUUGAAAGCCGCGCUCGUCCCAUCCUCGAGGCCGCAGGCUGCAAGCUUGACGUCACAAUAACCACCCAUCGCAUGCACGGAGUAGAGAUUGCGCGCGACCUCGACGUACACGAAUUCGACGCAGUGGGCGUGGUCAGCGGGGACGGUCUCUUGCACGAGCUGCUCAACGGGUUUGCGAGGCGACCAGAUGCAAGCGCGGCGCUCGCUUUGCCCCUGGCGCCCAUUCCGGCUGGAAGCGGCAACGCCAUGUCCAUCAACCUUCUCGGCGCGCAGCAAGGCUUCAGUCUGGCACUGGCCUGUCUCAACAUCAUCAAGGGCCGCCCGAUGAAGCUCGAUCUGCUGACGAUCACGCAGCCUGCUUCGGCGUUCCCGCCCGGUGUCCCCGUGCCCGGCAGACCCCUCGCGGGUACCGUGGGGAGACGCGCCGGCAAAGCGAAACGUGACUCAUCCAUCAACGGCACCCCCAACACAAUUGCGCGCGGGUCGGAGGACGUCGCCAGGCUCAUCGAUGCCCCCUCCAAGCCUUUCGUCCAGUAUUAUUCGUUCCUGUCCCAAGCCAUCGGCAUCCUGGCUGAUCUCGACUUGGGUACAGAGCAUCUUCGCGCGCUCGGCGAUACUCGCUUCGCUAUUGGCUACGCGACCUCGGUCCUGCGCAAUGCCAAGUGCGAAGUGGAUGUCGACAUCAAGCUCGGCCCGCGCGGCAGCAAGAACAGAGCAGAGAUGCGCCAAAGGGUCCUUGACUUUCACCAAGGCAAGCAACCGUCAUCGGUCGAGGAGAAUGGCACGGCAGAAGGUAGCCAUUCUCGUGAGGAGCAGCAUGCUGCAUCGCAGAAUGGGCGCGCAGACUCCGAGCCUGCUUCUCCGUUACCGAGCCUGGUGCACGGCGAUGUCACCGAACCGGUCACCUCGGAUGCAAGCGCACCACCGCCUUUCGACAUGCGUGAUCCUUCCUGGCCCCAUUCCUUCCUGUCGCAACCAGCCUCGGCCAAGCAGAUCGGAGCCGCCCUCAACGGGACACAAGAGGACGGGCAUGCCUCGCAGUCAGGCUGGAUGCGCAUUCAAGAACCCAUCGCAAGCCUGUACGGCGGCAAGCUCCCCUUUGUCAGCCGCGAUAUGAUGCAGUUUCCCUUUGCGCUGCCGAACGACGGCACCAUCGACGUGGCUAUGAUCCUGCACGCCGGAGGUCGGGUCGCCAAGGUGCCGGAAAAUGGAUACGCGGAGAACGGCCAGAUCGUCUACCAGAAGGCCAUGACCUACCUCAAGGUCGAGGCGAUCCGAGUGACGCCCAAGCGAAAGGAAGGGGAUAAGAAGCUCAAAAAUGGCGGGUUGAUCAGCAUCGACGGCGAAAAGGUCCCGUAUGCCGCCUUUCAGGUCGAGGUCGCCCAGGGUCUGCAGUACUCGGUGCUAUCGCUGUACGGUCGAUUCUGUGUGCCUGUGGUGGUUCCCCCGGCGACGGCAUGA